AUGGAGCUGGCCUGGCAUUUAGUCCUUAUUGUCCUUUUAAGUUUUUCUUGCUGGGGUUUAGACUGGGACUCUGAUAAAAAUUUCAUCUCAGCUGCUGGUCCUCUAACCAACAACUUGCUACACAACCUGAGGGAUCCCCUGGGAAACCAGGAUCCUCCCUUUGUAGCAGAAGAUGAAGAAAUUUACGUUUGUCGCCAGCCACUGCCUGCAUUCCUGCCAGAGUACUUUAGAAGUGUCCGUGCCAGUAUGAUCACCCAUUACAAAGUGUUUCUGCCAUGGGCACAACUUCUCCCAGAAGGAGUCUCAGAGAACCCAGACAAGGGAACAGUGCUGUGCUAUCGGCAACUGCUUGAGGCCCUCAAGACUGCUCAGCUUCAGCCCCUGGUGGUUCUACACCACCAGACCCUCCCUGCCAGCACUCUCCAGAGAACUGAGGCCUUUGCCGAUCUCUUUGCUGCCUAUGCCUCCUUCGCCUUCCGCUCCUUUGGGGACCUAGUUGAGAUCUGGUUCACUUUUAGUGACUUGGAGCGAGUGAUCACUAAGCUUCCCCACCAGGAAUCAAGAUCUUCACGUCUGCAGAUCCUCACUGAUGCCCAUAGAAAAGCCUAUGAGAUUUACCAUGAAAAAUAUGCUUCUCAAGGUGGAAAACUCUCUGUGGUCCUGCAAGCUGAGACGGUCUCCAAACUCCUGCUAGAACCAUCUACGUCUGCACUUGUCAAGGAUGCAGUUGACUUCGUCUCUCUUGAUUUAUCUUAUGAAUGCCACAAUGAGGCAGAUUUACCACAGAAGUUGAGUGAACUGCAGACCAUUGAACCAAAAGUGAAAGUUUUCAUCUUCAGUCUGAAACUCCAGAACUGCCUCUCCACCGGGAACGACAUAGCCCAGCUGCUCUUCAGCCUUCUCAAAGCCAUAAAUGAAGACCAAGUGCUCGUCGUUGGGUUUGAUAUUAGUACAUUCCUGAGCUGUUCAUCGAGUUCCAAGAAAAGCUGGUCUUGUUCUCUGAGUGACAGCCUGACCCUCCAGACUGCCCUGCAGCUGGGCCCAGACACAGCAGCAUACGCCUGGCCGCCCCGCUCAGCCUAUCAGAGAGUCUGGGAAGUGUUUGCCAACCAGUCCAAGGCAGAAAGGGAUGCUUUCCUGCAGGAUGUUUUUCCUGAAGGCUUCCUCUGGGGUGUCUCUACGGGAGCUUUUAAUGUGGAAGGAGGCUGGGCCGAGGAUGGAAGAGGGCCAAGCAUCUGGGACAGAGUUGGGCAUCAGAACACCGCCAGGGGCCAAGCCACGCCAGAGGUGGCCAGCGACAGCUACCACAAGGUAGACACUGACGUCGCCCUGCUCCGUGGCCUCCAGGCCCAGGUCUACAAGUUCUCCAUCUCCUGGUCCCGCAUCUUCCCCACUGGGCAGGGGCAUAACCCCAACCCCCGGGGCGUUGCCUACUACAACAAACUGAUUGACAGCCUGCUGGACUCGCACAUUGAGCCCAUGGCCACACUGUUCCACUGGGACCUGCCCCAGGCCCUGCAGGAUCGUGGCGGGUGGCAGAGCGAGGAUGUGGUGGACGCCUUCCUGGACUAUGCGGCCUUCUGCUUCUCCACGUUUGGGGACCGUGUGAAGCUAUGGGUGACCUUCCACGAGCCGUGGGUGAUGAGCUACGCGGGCUACGGCACCGGCCAGCAUGCACCGGGCAUCUCCGACCCAGGGGUGGCCUCUUUUAAGGUGGCUCACAUGGUCCUCAAGGCACAUGCCAAGGCUUGGCACCACUACAACAGCCACCACCGCCCACAGCAGCAGGGGCGUGUGGGCAUCGUGCUGAACUCGGACUGGGCAGAACCCCUGUCCCCAGAGAGGCCCGAGGACCUGAGAGCCGCCGAACGCUUCCUGCACUUCAUGCUGGGCUGGUUUGCACACCCCAUCUUUGUGGAUGGGGACUACCCGGCUGCCCUGAGGGCCCAGAUCCAACAGAUGAACAAGCAGUGCCCCAGUCCUGUGGCCCAGCUCCCUGAGUUCACCGAGGCAGAGAAACAGCUCUUGAAAGGCUCUGCUGAUUUUCUGGGUCUGUCCCAUUACACUUCCCGCCUCAUCAGCACGGCCCAAGGAGAUACCUGCAUCCCCAGCUAUGAUACCAUCGGAGGCUUCUCCCAGCAUGUAGACCCCACGUGGCCCCAGACCGCAUCCUCUUGGAUUCGCGUGGUGCCCUGGGGCAUAAGGAGGCUGUUGAAGUUCGUAUCCUUGGAAUACACAAAAGGCAAAGUUCCAAUCUACCUAGCUGGGAACGGCAUGCCCAUAGGGGAGAGUGAAGACCUCAUCGAUGAUUCCCUGAGAGUCGACUACUUCAACCAGUAUAUCAAUGAGGUGCUCAAGGCUAUCAAAGAAGACUCGGUGGCUGUUCAGUCUUACAUCGCUCGUUCCUUCAUUGAUGGCUUUGAAGGCCCUUCUGGGUAUAGCCAGAGGUUUGGGCUGUACCACGUCAACUUCGACGACAGCAGCAGGCCAAGGACUGCCAGGAAAUCUGCCUAUUUUUUCACCAGCAUGAUUGAAAAAAACGGUUUCCUCAACAAGGUAGUAAAAAGACAGUCAUCACCCGGUAUAGCAAACGUCCCCCAGAGAAUCAGAGCCUUCACUUUUCCAUCCGAGGUGCCCUCCAAGGCAAAAGUGGUCUGGGAGAAGUUCUCCAACCAACCCAAGUUUGAGAGAGAUCUGUUCUACCAGGGCACGUUCCGCGAUGACUUUCUGUGGGGCGUGUCCUCGUCAGCCUAUCAGAUUGAAGGAGCUUGGGAUGCUGACGGCAAAGGCCCCAGCAUCUGGGACAACUUUACCCACACACCAGGGAGCAACGUGAAAGACAAUGCCACUGGAGACGUGUCCUGUGACAGCUAUAACCACCUGGAUGCCGAUCUGAACAUGCUCCAAGCUUUGAAGGUGAAGGCUUAUCGCUUCUCCAUCUCCUGGUCUCGGAUUUUCCCAACUGGGAGAAACACUUCUGUCAACACACAUGGUGUUGAUUAUUACAACAAGCUGAUCAAUGGCUUGGUGGAAAACAACAUCUCUCCCAUGGUGACCCUGUUCCACUGGGACCUGCCCCAGGCCCUGCAGGACAUUGGAGGCUGGGAGAAUCCUUCCCUGAUUGACUUGUUCAACAGCUACGCAGACUUCUGCUUCCAGACCUUUGGUGACAGAGUCAAGUUCUGGAUGACUUUUAAUGAGCCCACGUACCAGGCCUGGUUGGGGUAUGGCUCAGGGGAAUUUCCCCCAAAUGUGAAUGACCCAGGCUGGGGACCUUACAGGAUUGGCCAUACAAUCAUCAAAGCUCAUGCCAGAGUCUAUCACACGUACGACGAGAAGUACAGGCAAGAGCAGAAGGGGGUCAUCUCCUUGAGCCUCAAUUCCCACUGGGCAGAGCCCCAGUCGCUGGUCCCCAGGGACGUGGAGGCAGCUGACCGGAUGCUGCAGUUCUCCUUGGGUUGGUUUGCCCACCCCAUCUUCCGAAACGGAGACUACCCCGAUGCCAUGAAGUGGAAGGUGGGGAACAGGAGUGAACUGCAGCACUUGGCCACCUCCCGCCUGCCCAGCUUCACGGAGGAGGAGAAGCGGUACAUCGCAGCUACCGCCGAUGUGUUCUGCCUCAACACUUACUCCUCCAGGAUUGUGCAACACACGACACCCAGGUUAAACCCACCCUCCUACACGAGUGACCAGGAGCUGCUGGAGUGGGAGGACACUUCCUGGCCUGCCACAGCCAUGAACAGGGCUGCCGCCUGGGGGACGCGGAGGCUGCUCAACUGGAUCAAGGAAGAGUAUGGGGACAUCCCCGUUUACAUCACUGAGAACGGAGUGGGGCUGACAGACCCCGAACUGGAAGACACCAACAGGAUAUUUUACCACAAAACCUAUAUCAACGAAGCUUUGAAAGCCUACAGACUUGAUGGUGUCAACCUUCGAGGAUAUGCUGCCUGGUCCCUGAUGGACAACUUUGAGUGGCUGAAUGGCUACACGGUCAAGUUUGGACUGUACCAUGUUGAUUUCAAUGACGUGAACAGGUCUCGCACAGCAAGAGCCUCAGCCAGGUACUACACAGAGGUCAUCACCAACAAUGGCAUGCCGCUGUCCAAGGAGGAUGAGUUCCUAUAUGGACAGUUCCCCAAGGACUUCAUCUGGAGUGCAGCUACCGCCGCAUAUCAGAUCGAAGGUGCAUGGAGAGCAGACGGCAAAGGACUCAGCAUCUGGGACACGUUUUCUCACACACCCCUGAAGGUUGAGAACAACGACACAGGGGACGUGGCCUGUGACAGCUACCACAAGAUUGCCGAGGACCUGGUCGCCCUGCAGACCCUGGGCGUGACCCACUAUCGCCUUUCCAUCUCUUGGACCCGCAUCCUCCCUGACGGGACCAACAAGUACGUCAAUGAAGCGGGCCUGAACUACUACGUGCGGCUCAUCGACACGCUGCUGGCCGCCAACAUCCAGCCGCAGGUGACUAUUUACCACUGGGACCUGCCCCAGGCACUCCAGGAUGUUGGGGGCUGGGAGAAUGAGACGAUCGUACAGCGGUUUAAGGAGUAUGCAGAGGUGCUGUUCCAGAGGCUGGGGGACAAGGUGAAGUUUUGGAUCACACUGAACGAGCCGUACGUUGUUGCUAACCAGGGCUACGGCUACGGGACGGCAGCUCCAGGAAUCUCCUUUAGGCCCGGCACUGCCCCCUACAUUGUUGGCCACAACCUAAUAAAGGCUCAUGCUGAAGUCUGGCAUCUGUACAAUGAUGUGUACCGUGCCCAUCAAGGUGGCAUCAUUUCCAUCACCAUCAGCAGCGACUGGGCUGAGCCUAGAGACCCCUCCAACCAGGAGGAUGUGGAGGCAGCCAGGAGAUACGUUCAGUUCAUGGGAGGCUGGUUCGCACAUCCGAUAUUCAAGAAUGGGGAUUACCCUGAGGUGAUGAAGACGCGGAUCCGUGACAGGAGCUUAGCGGAAGGCCUCAACAAGUCUCGGCUCCCUGAGUUCACGCAGAGUGAGAAGAGGAGGAUCAACGGCACCUACGACUUUUUUGGGUUCAAUCACUACACCACUGUCCUGGCCUACAAUCUCAACUAUGCCUCUUGGAUCUCCUCCUUCGAUGCAGACAGGGGAGUGGCCUCCAUCACAGACCGCUCCUGGCCAGACUCGGGCUCCUUCUGGCUGAAGAUGACCCCUUUUGGCUUUCGGAGGAUCCUGAACUGGUUGAAGGAGGAGUACAACAACCCCCCGAUCUACGUCACAGAGAACGGAGUCUCCCACCGGGGAGAAGCAAACCUCAAUGACACUGCAAGGAUCUACUACCUCCGCAGCUACAUCAACGAGGCGCUCAAAGCUCUGCAGGAUAAGGUGGACCUUCGAGGAUACACGGUUUGGACUCUGAUGGACAACUUCGAGUGGGCCACCGGCUUCUCAGAUAAGUUUGGUUUGCAUUUUGUGAACUAUACUGACCCUGCUCUGCCAAGGAUCCCCAGAGAGUCAGCCAAGGUCUACGCCUCCAUAAUCCGGUGCGGUGGCUUCCCCGACCCUGCUGCAGGGCCACACCCUUGUCUUCAGCAAGAUGCUGAGCCUACCGCCAGCCCCGCCAGCCCCGCCAGCCCCGUGAGUCAGAAAAUUCAGUUCCUGGGCCUCAGGCUGAGUACGACGGAAGCCCAGACAGCGCUUAACGUGCUCUUUGCUUUCAUGCUUCUUGGAGUCUGUGGGGUUGCAUUUCUGUCCUACAAGUAUUUCAAGCACUCCAAGCAAAAGCACACACAACCAGGCGAACAGGAAUUGAGCCACAGGUCUUCCUUCUGA